AUGUCAUCCACAUCAUUCCCUAAGGAGAUCCACUUCACUUCGCCUAUCCCUCAAGAGGCCCAACAUAUCUUGUCGAAAGAUGCUGUCGAGUUCCUAGCGGUGUUGCAUAGGACAUUCGAUAAGAGAAGAUUGGAGUUAUUGGAAAAUAGGAAACAAGUUCAAGCGGAAUUAGAUCAGGGAAAACCACUCAGUUUCCUUCCCGAGACUAAACAUAUAAGAGAUUCACCUUCAUGGUCAUGUGCGCCUCCCGCACCGGGACUAGAAGAUCGAAGAGUCGAGAUUACCGGUCCGACUGAUCGAAAGAUGGUUAUCAACGCUUUGAACUCAGGUUCAAAAACUUUUAUGGCUGAUUUCGAGGAUUCAAAUUCCCCCACUUGGUCAAAUAUGGUAUUAGGCCAGGUCAACUUGUACGACGCCAUCAGACGCCAAAUUGAUUUUGAGACUGGUGGGAAACAAUACAAGCUCUCUGAGAAACCUGCCGUUCUCAUUGUUAGACCAAGAGGAUGGCAUCUCCCCGAACCACGAUUACUCAUCGACGGUAAACCCAUUUCCGGUUCCCUGUUCGAUUUCGGUCUAUACUUCUUCAACAACGCCGCGGAACUUUUGAAGAGAGGUUCAGGACCUUACUUCUACUUGCCCAAGAUGGAACAUCACCUAGAAGCUAGAUUGUGGAAUGAUGUCUUUUCCCUGGCUACUUCUCACUUGGGUUUACAACAGGGCUGUAUCAGAGGUACCGUUUUGAUUGAGACCUUACCAGCUGCGUUCCAGAUGGAAGAGAUCUUGUAUGAGUUGAAAGAACAUAGUUCGGGGUUGAAUUGUGGAAGAUGGGAUUAUAUCUUCAGUUUCAUCAAGAAACAACGAGCUCACAAAGAAUGUGUCUUCCCUGAUCGAUCGGAUGUCACUAUGACUGUACCUUUCAUGGAUGCCUAUGUCAGGUUGUUGAUCCAAACAUGUCACAAGCGAAAGGUCGCAGCGAUGGGAGGAAUGUCAGCCCAGAUCCCCAUCAAGAACGAUGCCGAUGCCAACGAAAGGGCAAUGGCCAAAGUACGAGCCGACAAAUUACGAGAGGUCACCGCCGGUCAUGAUGGUACUUGGGUAGCUCAUCCUGCUUUGGUCAAAAUCGCUAUGGACAUCUUCAACGAGAAUAUGAAGGGACCGAACCAAUACCAUAUCCGACGAGAAGAUGUUACCGUCACGGAUAAGCAGAUUGCGGACCCAUCUGUUCCUGGAAAGAUCACUGAGAAGGGUGUCAGAGAUAACGUUUCUGCUGCUCUCUCGUACUGUGCUGCAUGGAUCUCUGGAAAUGGUUGUGUACCUAUCAACUAUUUGAUGGAAGACGCAGCCACCGCCGAAAUCGCCAGAGUCCAGCUCUGGCAAUGGGUAAAAUACUCUUCCAAAACGGAUUCAGGCAAGACCAUCACUCCAAGUUACCUUCAAACCAUCUUCUCGGAGGAAUCAUCAAAAGUAUCCAAGUUACCUGGGAUCGACCCUUCACACGUCAAGAUUGCUUCGGAGUAUAUGAGCUCACAAGUGAAAGCUGAAUGGCCAAGUGAUUUCCUCACGUCGGAUUUGUUGGUUCAUUUAGAAGGUGUUGGGACCGUUGGUGGAGCUACGAAGAAAAGUAAUCUCUAA